UCCUUUAGGGUUUUUAGGGCUUGUCGGAAGAGAUGAAGUACACGAAAUUGGGGAGCACGGGCUUAGAGGUGAGUUCUUUGGGUUUUGGGGGAGCACCGCUUGGGAGCGUCUUCGGGCCCGUGAGCGAGGAAUCGGCAAUCGAGAGCGUCCGUGAGGCGAUUCGCCUUGGCAUCAAUUUCUUUGAUGUUUCUCCAUGCUAUGGCAACGCAGAGACAGUCCUGGGAAGAGCUCUCGAGUCCAUUCCCAGGGAGAAGUUUGUCGUCUCCACCAAGUGUGGAAGAUACAGCGAUGGCUUCGACUUUAGCGCGCAGCGAGUGCUCAAGAGCGUCGACGAGAGCUUGGAGCGAUUAAAGCUGGACUACAUCGACAUCAUCCACUGCCAUGACAUCGAAUUCGGCUCGCUCGAUCAAGUGAUCUCCGAGACGAUCCCAGCGCUGCUUGGCUUGAAACGACAAGGCAAAGUCCGCUUCAUUGGAAUGAGCGGACUUCCACUGGCCAUCUUUCGCUACGUCUUGGACAGAGUCGAGCCUGGAACAAUCGACGUUAUUCUAUCAUACUGCCACUACUCCCUCAACGAUUCCUCGCUCGAGGGUCUAAUUCCGUACCUCAAGGACAAAGGAGUCGGGAUCAUCACUGCUUCGCCACUCGCCAUGGGAUUACUCACGGAGUCUGGUCCUCCGCAGUGGCAUCCAGCGCCGGAAGAAAUCAAGGAAGCUUGCGCCAAGGCUGCUACUCACUGCAAACUCAAGGGUCAGAACAUCUCGGAGAUGGCAUUGAAGUUCUCCCUCUCAAAUCCAGAUAUCGCAAUCACUCUAGUUGGAAUGUGUACUACCCAGCAAGUCCACGAGAACAUCAAGGCAAUGGACAAUCUCGAAAGGAGCUCUGUGGACUGCGAGAACAUUCUUGACGAAGUGAAAGAGAUUCUCGCUCCUAUCAAGAACAAAACGUGGCCCUGCGGAAGACCAGAGAACAACUGAGAAGACCAAGCUCGUCAAAUCUUACCUUCAAAAUAAUUUUCUAGCUGAAGUAAGUUCUUUGCUGCUUUUAUGAUAUCUAGCAACUUGCACUAAAAACCUGGAGAAUUGCCAAACAUUAACGACGGCUAACAGAAUAAGAACAAGCAAACCUGUA